ACCAGACCAAUCUCACGUUAUGAAUCAAAGGCGACUGUUGAAGGCGUCUCCCAAAAUAGCCCAGCCCUCGUCAUGCGUCAUGGCCAACAAAGGGUUCGGCCCGCUAGACAGCAGGUCAUACAAUCCUUUCACACUGGGACAAUGGCAGACAAUGAGGGCCAAAUCAUCUGACUGUUUGAGAUUCCGUUAUUCUCAUACAUAAUUACCAGUUUAGAUAGGAUCUCCACAUGCUCCUCGAAAGGCGACAACCAGGUACUUACAGGUCGGAAUUCAGCUCCCGAACAGCCGACCGACUGCAUGGGUCGGUGCAGAGAGAUGGGGAUCGCAUAUGCUCGUGGGCCGUGGGGUUACACGGUAUUGCGCACCACGUAUUCAGAUGAGUCUGACGCACUAUGGCCGAUCGCGUUGGAAAAGCUGAGGCGAUGGGUGGUCCAGUAUUUCAUCUACUAUAACUAUCUAGCUACGAACAAGAACGACAGCUCGGUUAACGAUGAGCUUGGGCGCCGAUACAUCGUCGAGGUCCUCGAGGACACAGACUCGGAGAAAUUGAAGUUCCCUGACCUCGCUAGGGCCAGUCAGGAUGACAUCAAGUCGCUCACCCAUGUUUUCGAGGCUUGGGUUCGUAAUGCCGUCGGUAAUGCCGUAGACAACGUCGGCUUCGAUCCUCUCGACAACCUCAGGUUCUGCGACUUCCUGGUAAUUGACGAGGGCUCUCUUCGCUCGCUCACUGCACUCCCCGAUGAGACGCCUCCACCGUGCUUGUAAAGGCCCGGGCUAGUCUCUACAAUGACG